CUCAAUUUGACAGACGCUCAGAGUACGGAGAAAAGAAGGCAGCAAUCACAGGUGAGACUUUUAGUGAGGAUGCAUCAAUUACAGGUGAAACUUUUAGUGAGGAUGCAUCAAUUACAGGUGAGACUAUUAGUGAGGGUACAUUACAGGUGAGACUUUUAGUGAGGAUGCAUCAAUUACAGGUGAGACUAUUAGUGAGGGUACAUUACAGGUGAGACUUUCAGUGAGGAUGCAUCAAUUACAGGUGAGAGUUUUAGUUAGGAUGCAUCAAUUACAGGUGAGACUAUUAGUGCGGAUGCAUCAAUUACAAGUGAGACUUUUCAUGAGAAUGCAUUACUGGUGAGACUUUUAGUGAUGAUGCAUCGAUUACAGGUGAGACUUUUAGUAAUAUGCAUCAAUUACAGGUGAGACUUUUAGUAAUAUGCAUCAAUUACAGGUGAGACUAUUAGAGAGGGUGCAUCAAUUAUAGGUGAGACUAUUAGUGAGGAUGCAUCAAAUACAGGUGAGACUUUUAGUGAUGAUGCAUCAAUUACAGGUGAGACUAUUAGUGAGGAUGCGUCAAUUACAGGUGAGACUUUUAGUGAGGAUGCAUCAAUUACAGGUAAGAAUUUUAGUGAGGAUGCAUCAAUUACAGGUGAGACUAUAAGUGAGGAAGCAUCAAUUACAGGUGAGACUAUUAGUGAGGAUGCAUCAAUUACAGGUGAGACUUUUAGUGAGGAUGCAUCAAUUACAGGUGAGACUAUUAGUGAGGGUACAUUACAGGUGAGACUUUUAGUGAGGAUGCAUCAAUUACAGGUGAGACUUUUAGUUAGGAAGCAUCAAAUACAGGUGAGACUUUUAGUGAGGAUGCAUCAAUUACAGGUGAGACUAUUAGUGAGGGUGCAUCAAUUAUAGGUGAGACUAUUAGUGAGGAUGCAUCAAUUACAGGUGAGACUUUUAGUGAGGCUGCGUCAAUUACAGGUGAGACUAUUUGUGAGGAUGUAUCAAUUACAGGUGAGACUUUUAGUAAGGAUGCAUCAAUUACAGGUAAGACUUUUAGUGAGGAUGCAUCAAUUACAGGUGAGACUAUUAGUGAGGAUGCAUCAAUUACAGGUGAUACUUUUAGUGAGAAUGCAUCAAUUACAGGUGAGACUAUUAGUGAGGAAGCAUCAAUUACAGGUGAGACUUUUAGUGAGGGUGCAUCAAUUACAGGUGAGACUUUUAGUGAGGAUGCAUCAAUUACAGGUGAGACUUUUAGUGAGGAUGCAUCAAUUACAGGUGAGACUUUUAGUGAGGAUGCAUCAAUUACAGGUGAGACUAUUAGUGAGGAUGCAUCAAUUACAGGUGAGACUAUUAGUGACGAAGCAUCAAUUACAGGUGAGACUAUUAGUGAGGAAGCAUCAAUUACAGAUGAGACUUUUAGUGAGGAUGCAUCAAUUACAGGUGAGACUAUUAGUGAGGAUGCAUCAAUUACAGGUGAGACUUUUAGUGAGGGUGCAUCAAUUACAGGUGAGACUUUUAGUGAGGAUGCAUCAAUUACAGGUGAGACUUUUAGUGAGGAUGCAUCAAUUACAGGUGAGACUAUUAGUGAGGGUACAUUACAGGUGAGACUUUUAGUGAGGAUGCAUCAAUUACAGGUGAGAAUUUUAGUGAAGGUACAUUACAGGUGAGACUUUUAGUGAGGAUGCAUCAAUUACAGGUGAUAGUUUUAGUUAGGAUGCAUCAAUUACAGGUGAGACUAUUAGUGCGGAUGCAUCAAUUACAAGUGAGACUUUUCAUGAGAAUGCAUUACUGGUGAGACUUUUAGUGAUGAUGCAUCAAUUACAGGUGAGACUUUUAGUAAUAUGCAUCAAUUACAGGUGACACUUUUAGCAAUAAAAAUCAAUUACAGGUGAGACUUUUAGAAAUAUGCAUCAAUUGCAGGUGAGACUAUUAGUGAGGGUGCAUCAAUUAUAGGUGAGACUAUUAGUGAGGAUGCAUCAAUUAUAGGUGAGACUUUUAGUGAGGGUGCAUCAAUUACAGGUGAGACUAUUAGUGAGGACACAUCAAUUACAGGUGAGACUUUUAGUGAGGAUGCAUCAAUUACAGGUGAGACUAUUAGUGAGGAUGCAUCAAUUACAGGUGAGACUUUUAGUGAGGGUACAUCAAUUACAGGUGAGACUUUUAGUGAGGAAACAUCAAUUACAGGUGAGACUAUUAGUGAGGAUGCAUCAAUUACAGGUGAGACUAUUAGUGAGGGUACAUUACAGGUGAGACUUUUAGUGAGGAUGCAUCAAUUACAGGUGAGACUUUUAGUGAGGAAGCAUCAAUUACAGGUGAGACUUUUAGUGAGGAUGCAUCAAUUACAGGUGAGACUUUUAGUGAGGGUGCAUCAAUUACAGGUGAGACUUUUAGUGAGGAUGCAUCAAUUACAGGUGAGACUAUUGGUGAGGAUGCAUCAAUUACAGGUGAGACUUUCAGUGAGGAUGCAUCAAUUACAGGUGAGACUAUUAGUGAGGAGGCAUCAAUUACAGGUGAGACUUUUAGUGAGGAUGCAUCAAUUACAGGUGAGACUAUUAGUGAGGGUACAUUACAGGUGAGACUUUUAGUAAGGAUGCAUCAAUUACAGGUGAGACUUUUAGUUAGGAAGCAUCAAUUACAGGUGAGACUUUUAGUGAGGAUGCAUCAAUUACAGGUGAGACUAUUAGUGAGGAUGCAUCAAUUACAGGUGAGACUAUUAGUGCGGAUGCAUCAAUUACAGGUGAGACUUUUCAUGAGAAUGCAUUACUGGUGAGACUUUUUAGUGAUGAUGCAUCAAUUACAGGUGAGACUAUUGGUGAGGGAGGAUGCAUCAAUUACAGGUGAGACUAUUAGUGCGGAUGCCUAAAUUACAGGUGAGACUUUUAGUAAUAUGCAUCAAUUACAGUGAGACUUUUAGAAAUAUGCAUCAAUUACAAGUGAGACUUUUAGUAAUAUGCAUCAAUUACAGGUGAGACUUUAGAAAGGAUGUAUCAGUGGAGUCUAGAUAUUAUGUCUACUGUUACUUCGUACACUUGUUGUGGAUUAUGUAACACACUUGCACAAUUAAACUCUGGUACUCCAGGCUGAGCUAACAGCCAUUCAUCACAAAUGCCCCGAGUAUUAGAUAUCCAAUAACGGACGCCUUUAUCAUCCUAAAAUCACAUGCCCAAAUCCGUUCAAUCAAAAAUCUCUAAUAACACUUUCGAAGUACUACAAACCUAUAAUAAAAUCCUUAUUAUCAACAGGCACAUAUAAUCCUUUGGAUGUUAUCCCUUAUCUCUCACUACACAAUGCAUCCAUCACACCACACGUCUCUCUCCUGACACACUCUAUAAACACCCUCCCGCUCAUCAUAAAUGACAAUCUCACACUUUAUUCAAAUGAACACGCCCUCCUUCUGGUCAAGAGAACGUACACUAACUUCACGCAUAACAACAGUGAUUCUCACACCCUUUUGACAGCAUCAAUCACAAGUGUGACGAGCUGGAACAACACUGUUCACUGUAGUCACACAUAAACGCAAAUGCAACUCCCAACGCUACCAACGGUCACUCCAGCUACCCCUCCCCCGCCCCGUGUGUUGACAAGGUACCCUUGCAGGUGUUCUUUUAACAUUAUUUACAGUCUUAUCCAACCAUCUCCUUAAGGCCCCCCUGGAUGACACGUCUUGAUUUAUAUAAAUCAUGCUAAAUAAUUUGUUUCGUUCCAAACCACACACCGCUCCCCUCCCCGUCGUCACACAAACGCUGACCAAACCCUUUUAUUUCUUUUAAAUUGUCCACGCUUAUUUUCUUUUUAAUAUGGCUACUAUGAGGGAGAAUUCGUUCAACGAUCAAGAUUUUAAUUUUUUAAACAGAGUAUUUGGUCAAACAGAAGACAGUGAUUUUGCAUUGAUGUUUGUCAUCGUAAGCAUGACGUCAAGGGAUAUUGCUACACAAAACAUUUGGAAGAGCCCAUGACAAAUGAUUGUAUUUAAGAUGUAUUUCCUUUCAGAUAAACAGGAUGCUGAUGGCUGCUUCUAUUUCCUCCAUAAUUUUUCUUGCACCAGUCGUCCUGUUUAGUUACAGUCAUUAUCCGUUAUUAUCCAGUAACAUGGAUGGAUACACCUUAAGUUUGGCUCUCACCAUCAUGGACAAUGUAUCCGGCGUUUUCAAAGUGUACAAGUACGCGGCCAACUUUAUUGUCUACUCUUUGGCUGCGCGGAGAUUUAGGUAAGCAAUAGUUGACAUAGCUGAUGGCUGCGCGGAGAUUUAGGUAAGCAAUAGUUGACAUAUCUGUUGGCUGCGCCGAGAUUUAGGUAAGCAAUAGUUGACAUAGAUGUUGGCUGUGCGGAGAUUUAGGUAAGCAAUAAUUGACUUAGAUGUUGGCUGUGCGGAGAUUUAGGUAAGCAAUAGUUGACUUAGAUGUUGGCUGUGCGGAGAUUUAAGUAAGCAAUAGUUGACAUAGAUGUUGGCUGCGCGGAGAUUUAGGUAAGCAAUAGUUGACAUAGCUGUUUGAUGCUCAGAGACAUAGGUAAGCAGUAGUUAUAAUAGCUGUGCUGAAACGUGCAUUUAAAGAACUACCUUUAUACUUAUGUAUUGAUUGUAAAAUCUUCUAGUUGUUGUUAACCGCUAUGACAAAAUUGCUCGAAAUGGUAAAAGCCAUAUCAGAGAAGAAGUAAACCAUAUCAAAGAUAGAGAAAACUAUAAUCAAAGAAGGAAAAAGCUAUAUCAAACCUUCAGACAGCUUGAUCAAAUGUUAAGAAAACUAUGUGAAACCUUCAGACAGAUUGAUCAAAUGUUUAGAAAACUAUGUGAAACCUUCAGACCGAUUGAUCAAAUGUUAAGAAAACUAUGUGAAACCUUCAGACAGCUUGAUCAAACGUUGAGAAAACUAUUUGAAACCUUCAGACAGCUUGAUCAAAUGUUAAGAAAACUAUGUGAAACCUUCAGACAGCUUGAUCAAAUGUUAAGAAAAAUAUGUGAAACCUUCAGACAGAUUGAUCAAAUGUUAAGAAAACUAUGUGAAACCUUCAGACAGAUUGAUCAAAUGUUAAGAAAACUAUGUGAAACCUUCAGACAGAUUGAUCAAAUGUUAAGAAAACUAUGUGAAACCUUCAGACAGAUUGAUCAAAUGUUAAGAAAACUAUGUGAAACCUUCAGACAGAUUGAUCAAAUGUUAAGAAAACUAUGUGAAACCUUCAGACAGAUUGAUCAAAUGUUAAGAAAACUAUGUGAAACCUUCAGAAAACUAAAUCAAAGCGGCAGAGAACUUUCUUGUGAUGGAUAUGGCCAAAAUUUUCACUGGUCGUCUGUAAUAUGAGGCAGUAAUUUUCCUUGUCAUCAAUAAUGUAGGACGGAGAUGUUCUUUUCUUUAGACUUAAAUAAAGCUAUUUUCAAAUACGUUUAUUUUCACUUCCUUAAGCACGAAUUACUGUAUAACUUGAAGAACGUUUCGAGAGGGCCUAUGGCAGGUAUCUUAAUGCUAUGUGAAGAAAUGACUUUAAUUAGAAACAUGUGUUUGCGAGGGCCAAUGGCAUGUCUUUUUAUGUUAGGUGAAAGAAUGUGAAAGAAUGACUGUAUAUUUAGAAGCACGUGUUGGGGGAGAGGGCAAUGGCAUAAUUUUUUAUGUUAUCUGAAGAGCGGAGCCAAUCAUUAGAGACAGGAGAAGGCCACUGUCUUUGUGUCAUCAUUUGUUCUUGCUAAAAUUUAUUGUCUCCUGUAAUCUCGUCAACAGGAUGGAACUCGUGAUGUUGUUGACAUGUGGCAGGUGUUUUAGAGGCGCAACGCGAUCAAGCAUACAGACCAACCAAAGGCAAAAGAACUGAAGGAGUGUGUCCAUGAGUUCAGUGUGUCUAUGAC